AUGGCAUCCAGGGAAAAGAAACCCUUAGCGUCUUCAAAAAGUAAGCAGUCGAAGACUAACAAUGAUGCCAGUUUGUCAUCCUCACCUAGCAGAUCUAAUAAAAAUAGUAAUAAAAAUAAAUCACUGCCAUCGCAAUUAUUUGAAACGGUAACGCCAGAUCGUAAUAAUAAAUCAGCGAUUGUAUUGAGUUCAACGUUAUACCGAUUUCGGAGAGGACCGAUAUCGGUAAGAAAAUCCACUGGAUCUAUCGAUAGGCGUAUAUCUAGACUUAGAAGUGUGCCUUCAUUGAUUGAUAAUAAAUCAUCAAUAACAACAUCAACUACUACCACCACAGAUAAUAUUGGAUUGGAUACAUCGUUGUAUCCUGGUAGGAGACCAAAAGUAUCUGCGAGAAAAUCUUGUGGAGCUACUGAAAAUUAUAUAUCUAGACUUAGAAGUGUGCCUUCAUUGAAUGAUAAUAAAUCGUCGACAAAUAUUGUAUUGAGUAAUUUAAAACCCAAAGAUAAUAAUAAAGAGCAGAGUAUUGAAGUUGAUGGUUCAUUGAUUGAUAAAAAUUCUGACAGCACUUCUUGUUCUUCUACGAGUUCGACAAUUACGUCCCAGAGCAAUAGUCCAAAGUCGAAUAAAAAAUUGAAAACAGUAUCACCAGAGUCGCAAUUAAAGAGUGCCAAAGUAACAAAUAAAUUAUCAGAACGCAAGAAAUCCGUAGGUAAAGAAAGCCUUGAGGAUUUAAAGUACCUGAAGACUAGAAAAUCAAGUCCUGCUGUCGUUACAACAGCCAGUGAAGUUAAAAAUUCUGGAAAAUUAAAAAAUUCAAUAGACUCAACCAUUGACGAAGUUGUGGCAAUGGUCAGUGAUACUGAGAUUGAGGAGUUAGCCCCGGUCGAUCCGGAUAAUAAACUCGAGGGUAAAAUUACGCGUAGUAAGAAAAUGUUGAUUGAAGAGUGUGAUAUUAAAAAAGAACUAGUAGAACCUGAGGAAGAGAUUAAGUCUGAUGACGAGGGCGCGGAAACUCUGUUAAAAGCUAACCAAUCGUCGAGACGAAGAAUGAGUCAACGUAGUCUGAGAAAUGGUAAACUUAGACAGCUGGAUUCCACGGAGGAGAAAAAAGCUCGUCGCCAUGCGGACGAUGAAACAGAUAAUGCCGAUGACGAGCCGAACAAUGUCGAGUCUGGACAGAGUGAAGCUACUGAGAAUGAGAGAGAUGCUGAGACCGAGAACAAUAAUAAUAGUGAACAAGUUGAUCGCAGUGUUGACGGAGAAGCUGGUGGGCCUAAUUUAAGGUCUAAAGCUAAAGCAAAGAGUACUGAUACGCCAAUAACUGGUGAGGAUAUUUCAACGAUUGAUAGUAAGACGACUACAACUACAACAAAUCCUGCUGAAGAACCAAUUAGAAAAUCAUCGGGCUUCGAUUUACUGAAAAAAGAUAAUUGUUUAUUAGGAAAGAUAACGAUUGGUGAUAAACAGUCGCUUAAAGCAAGACGCAGCAGCCUUAAUAUUGAUGUUAAAAAAACAAUGGGCCCAUUAUAUGGAAGUGAAAAAAUAGAUGGUGUUAGCCCUCAAUCGAAACUAGAUAAAAUGGUUGAAGAUAUUAAAUUAAAUAUUGCUAAAUCUAUAGAAAGUAAAAUUGGGAGUGACAUUUUAUCUCUUGAUAAAUCAUUAGGAAUUACCAAGAAUUUUGAUACUCCAAAGAUUGAAGAAGUAGUUGCACCGUUUAAUACAAGUAUGCAGAAAAUAGGUGUGCUUAAUAAAAUUACUAAUGAUGAUGAAGAAACAAAAGCAGAUGGAUCGAAAAUACAGAUAGCGACUAAUAGUAGUACUACUAAUAAUAGUAAUAAUAGUAAUUCUGUACCCAAGGUAGCGGACACUGCCAAAGAGAUUGAGAAGCUAGUCAUGGGUGACAACAUAGAGGAUAAUCAACACAUUUCUGAAUCUGCUGAGACAUCUAAAAAUAAAGAUGCUAAUGAUGAAACUGCACUUAUCAAAAGUGAUAGUGCUAAAAAAUCACAUAAUGAGCCUGAUCAAAGUCAAAGCUCUUCCCAGUCUAGUGAAAGUUUGCUGAUAACAGCAACAACUGAAGUUGUAGUAGAAGAAGUACAAGAAGCAGUAAAACGAGAAGAUAAGGAAGAAGAAGAUCAAAAUCAAGAAAAAGAAAAAGAAAAAGAAAAAGAAAAGGAAGAAGAAGAAAAAGAUACUGUGUGUAGUAAUGAUGAAAAAGUUUCUGGAGAAGAAUUGAAGGAAGAAAAAAUUACGGUAAAACCUUGUGAGUCAAUGACUAAAGAGACUGAAGAAGAAACACUAGAAACUAUUUCAAUGGAAGUUGAAAGGCUUGUUACUGAGCCCUUGCCAAGUAAUUUGAACGAUACUCAGAGUAAUGAGAGUGAGGAAGAUAAAAAUUUGGAGAUGGAUGUUGAGUUGCCGGAAAAUAUUGUCGAGGCUGCAGAAAAUAAUGAGCAAGUUGUGAAAAUACAGGAUGUUGUGAAAAGUAACGAUCAAACAAAUUUAGACAGUGAAGUAAUCGAAAAUGUCAGUCUUGAAGAAAGUACGAUGGAAAUAGUAGAAGAAUCUGUUGUUAAUGAAGAAGAAAUUGAAGAUGAUAUUAAAUUAACAACGGAAAUUGACGACAAUGAUUAUGAACUCAUAGAAAAGGUUGGCGAUCAAGUUACUGAGGUUAAACAAGAAGUAAAGAAUGAAGAAAAGCAAAAAUCCGUCUCCCCAGAACCAAGCUUGAUUUCUCAAGAAGAAAAUACGAACAAAACUUCGGAAAAAGCAGUAGCAUCAGCAAUUGGAAUUGAAGUCAAAUCACGAGAAGAAAAGUCUAGUGAUAUCAAUAAAUCCGGUGUUGAAGAAGGUAGGCGUGUUCUGAGGGCAAGGGAUAAAUUGAGGAAAUCUGAGAAAGCUUUGAAAGCUGCGGAAGCCAGUGGCGAGGCUAAAUCGGAUGAUUUGAAAAUAAAUAAAGCUAGUACAAAUGAGACAGGUGAAUCGACUGGAAUGAAAUCGAAAGACGAAACCGAGACUGCGGUUGUUGUGAAGAUUGAGGAACCAGAACCGAUAACUCGUGGUAGACGAAGUCGAGAGGUCAAAAAACGAAAGGAGCUUGAAACAUCACCCCAGAGCUUGAAGAGCAAGCGAAGUCGACGGGAUAAUAAAAAAUUAGAACAACAAAAAGAAGAAACUUUAUUGGACAACGAAGUCGCAACUAUAAAUGAAAAUAAACGAUCGUUGUCUGUUGAUAAAUUGUCGAAAAGAAUAGAAGGUACUAAAAGCUUACGUGUUUUCUCGCCGUCUGAAAGUGCACGUGAUAAGAAUAACGACAAUCGCAGUAAAUCUGAAAACGAUAUUGAGACUUCUAAAGUCGGUAAAACUGAAAGAUUAUCAAGAGGCAGAUGUGAUAGUAUUAAGCCAAAAGAAUCCUCAGUAAAUCCAGCCGGUGAACAAAUUGAAAUAAAAGAAGCUAAUCCGAGAACUGAUGAUGAUGAUGUUACAAAGAAAGAAUCUAGUAGCGAAGAUGCAGCGGUACCUGUUAUUGCCGUAACAGAAGUAUCUGACAAUGAAUCUAAAGCUACCAAAAUUCAAGCGGAAAACGUUUUGAAGGACUCCGAUGAAGCUUCAACUUCCGGUGAAUCGACAAGUAGUGUUUCGUUUAAAAUUUUAGAAACCCCCGAAGAAAAGGUGAGAAAAGAAUCAAUUCUACGUAUGCUGGGUUUAGAGUCGAUGGAAAAAGCUGCUGAACGAUUGGAAAAAGCCAAGCGUGAGCAGUACACUGGCACAUUGAAAACUAUCAUUAGAGUCAGCAAGGACAAGGAUAAGGACAAGAAGCAGUCGAGGUCUCCCUUGAAAAUGGUACUCAAACAAGGACGCAACGACGGAGACGGAGGAGAUACAUCGGAGUUUUACACCAUUCAGAAGGAGCUGGGAACCAGUGGUUUGGGCGAUAGCAGCUCUGGUGCGAACCGAAAGCUCUCUACUAACCACAGACAAUCUUGCGGAAGACCGUGUGCUGAUGUUUGUUGUUAUUGCUUUGGAAAAUUUGGUUCUCUAGAUACGCCGAUGCAUUUAGCACAAUUAAAAUCUGAUGAACGCCGAGAAAAAAUUUUAUCCGCUGAGGGCCAUCUUACUACAGACUCGUGUCUUUGUGACGCAUGUUAUCGGCAUGUUGACAGAAAAGCAAACAUGAGUCCAACCAAUACAAGCUCAAAACCCCAACGAGUACAUCGUCAGCUGCUGGUUUCAAAAUGUAACGUAAAAGAUUGUCGGAAUCCAGCUAGACACACUGUUAAACGUCGUUGGAUCCAAAAGAUAAAGCCAAGUAUACAAAAUCAGAUGAAAAUUGACGUCACAGUGGAACCAAAUCAACAUUCAUCAAUGUACUUUUGUGUUGACCAUUACGCGUUGAUAGAGAAAUUUUUAAUAUGUGCUUUGUGUACUCGUCGCUUGACCAGAAAUCAAGCUUAUGUCGUAACUCCAUCGGAAACAAAUGAGUUGAAUCGCUUACUCGAACAACAAAGAGUACCAGUAUUAGUGACAUCCGGUACUUUUCUUUGCAAGCUCUGUCGAUAUUUCGUAAAUAUGCACUUUAAGUUUAAGGACGUUGAAAGUAUGAAAGCAAACAAUAAAGCGUAUUGCAAGAGUUAUCGGAAACGUCUGUUAGAAAUCCAUAAUAUAGAUGUAACAGAAGACGAAGACGACGAGUUGCCACAGCAAGGUCUCUCUAUGAAAGACAAGCGUAAAAAAUCCAAAAACAGUUUAAAUAAAAGUGGUAGUAGUGUUGGUAGUGGAGGUGGCGGUAACAGUGCUAGUGGGACUGGCGGUCCAUCGAAGUUUUCAGUAGAUAAUUCGGAUAAAUCGACAUCUGAAAAAUCAACACCUGAACCCGUCAAAUCAAAUCCACCUGCAACAUCACAAAUAGAUGAUACUGUUAAUCGAGAUUCGGAUGAACAACAUCCUAAGGCUAGUGUUACUGACGAUGACACAACGACUGAAACCCAAAUUCUUGAUUUAGAGAGCGCCGUUGAAAAACUGAAGAAACGUAAAGCGUUAGAUCAACAUUUAUAUUCAACAACAUCACCAGUAUUUAAUAAUCAUAAUAAUAACAGUAAUAAUAAUAAUAAUAAUAGUAGUAGUAAGCUUCAAAGGCCAUACGGGAAUCAAAGCUCGUUUCUACGUCACUUGAUACUACUAGAGAAAUAUUAUCGUUCUGGUGAUCUCGUACUUGCACCAAAUGCUUCACGUAAUGCCAUUAAUUAUUCAACAUCUGUGCAAAAUCGUUUGAUAUCAUACGAGGGCCCGGAAAAAGUUGAUGAGCCGAUAACAGAUCCGUUGCCAAAUGAAUUUAGUAAUUCACGGCGUUUGAGUGGUGGUUAUUUAUUGGAGAGAGACAGACUAGCUACUAGUACUCCCAGUACGAGUUCUUUGAUAACUACACCUCCGAUAACUACUGCAACGCCUGAUAAGUUAAGUUUAAGUCAAUUAUUACAGCAACAGCAGCAGCAAAAGCAACAAACACAAUCAUCACAGCAGCUCAAUACCAAAUCAAAUCCACCGAGAAUUUUUAAAAUAAAUACUGGUGUCUCCAUUAUUAAAAAGCCUCCUCCGAGUCUUCAGCGACUGAAUUUACCCUCGAGUAGUGGUAGCAACAGUAGUAAUAGCAAUAUUAUGACCAAUUCUACUGCUAAUGGUAGUGCCAAACGUAAAGACGGAUUUCCAAAUAAAAUAACUGGGAGUACAUCGGGUGGAAAAGUUAUUCAUAUGAGCGAGCCAGAUUUUAAGCGGUUGCAAUCGUUAAAGAAACAAAAAAUGUUAAGUGAAAAAAUUACUACAACUUCAUUUCCUUCGGCGACUUCAACAUCCACGUCAACGUCUUUAGCAUCAUUAACUAAUUCUCUGGCUGUGACGAAUGUUAAUGCGACAAAUGUACAGCAGCUAAAAUCAGCACAAACAGUAGCGCGACAAAAUUUUCAAUUUCACGAGCAUAUAAGAAUGCAGCAAGAAAUGUUGAAUCGACAAAGUCGUGGUGACUUUGAGCCACUUAUUUGCGACGUUCGAUCACUUAUUAAUGAGAAUACACCCACGCAAAAUCUAAUAAACAAUUUAAAUUUACCAAAAUCGAUACAAGUUACAACAAAGCCACCUAGUAAUAAUCCGAUACCAAUAUUACCAAAAAUACCUAAAUCAUUGACAUGUAUUACGUUAAACGAUAACCAAGCUGCUGGUAAACAUGCCAUCGAUCCAUAA